AUGACGAGCAUUCUGUCCUUGUUGACGCUGCCGACAUCUACGUCUGGCUUCACCGACAUCAAUAACAAUAUUUUGGAUGAUGGGUCGGCUUCUCCUCUUCGCAAGAUCCCUCGCUUGGACUCAGACUCUGACAUAUCCUCUGCCGCCAGGUCCAAAUCCGCAGGAAGGAAUGGCGGCAUAGUGAACAUCAGUAUCAUUGGUGACUACGUAAAGAAAGCAAACUUGGAACAAUAUCACCAGUCCAUCGCGAAACGAACGCCAAGGUUUCUGUUCACUCGCGACUCGCUUACUUCCGUGCCCUCAACCUACGAGCAGAUAUACAACAGCUGCCGUUAUGUCGUCUCAGUUGCCAAGGACGGUGCUAACUUGUACACCACUCUCAAGAUGGAGAUACGGCAAUGUGUGGAUAAACUGGCACGGGAGUUAACCUCGGCCAAGGAAGAAGGGGUUGAGUGGUUACCGAAAUUUGUGGAGAUAUGCGAGUGGUAUGAGACUCAGGUGGCAACAUUGCAGUCCUUGUUUUCAUAUCUCGACCAGGCAUAUGUCGCUAAACAGAAAGGACUGCAAGACAUUGGUUCUCAUGCAUAUUCCUCUUUCAACUCUCACAUCUUCGGCAACAUCGAAAUCGCGGAGCGGCUUAGAUCUGGAAUCGCGUCAUGGGCCCAACACGAGCGAAAGACUAACUCUCAACAUACAUUGCGAGCAUGCAUUCCGAAACUCAUGAAUCACAUUACAACGUUCGGACAGUAUUCGGUUAUAGAACAGUUCUACAUCGAUAUGACACGCGAACAAUACAGCCAGGAAGUCCAGGAUCUCAUCGGGACAUUUGGAGGACAUUCGGACAUCGAGAAAUUCUACAUCAACAUAACUGGCGGACAAUACAGCAAACAGGUCCAGGAUCUCAUUGACAGAGGCAUCAAAUCGACAGACUAUUUUGAGCAUGUUCGCAAGAGAAUACAGGAGGAGAUCGCCCCGCUCUAUGGACGUCCUACCCUCCCCAAAGCUGGAACGCGGUUCGUAUCGCCACUGAACAAGGCUCUGUUGGAUGGCAAUGUGGACUGGCUUGCACUAGGAACGCUGGGACCCUAUAUGGAAGCCAGAGACUUUAAGUCGUUGGAAGACCUCUACAAAUUAUAUGUGAGAGUAGGCGGAGAGAAAGUCCCUUUGCGCCGUCUUUCGCGGAUAUAUGCAAACUUCUAUAACCGAUAUCGUGACGACAAGGCUCGGGAUGAUGAGAUGGUCCAGCGUCUCCUAGAGCUUCGCGAGCUCGCCAACACAGCCAUAUCUACGUCCUUCUGUGACGAUGAUUAUGCUGAAGCUGCGUCGACGAGUGCGCCGCCCCCGACCAAGGCUAACCAGGAGUUCGUGUAUGCGCUCAGUGAUGCAUUCACGCAUGGAUUCAAAGCGCGAAGAAACAAGCCUGCAGAGAUGAUCGCCACGUAUCUUGACAAGUUGAUGAGGCGCGGACAAGGUGCAACCAGCGAAGAAUCUCACACGGAGACAUUGGAUGCGGCUCUGGCGCUCUAUAGGUUUACAGACGAUAAAGACGUCUUCAGGACGUUCUACCAUCGACAGCUGGCUAAAAGGUUGUUGUUGGGUCGCAGUGCAUCGGACGAUGUGGAGAAGCGGAUGCUGAAGAAGCUGCAGGACCAUUACGACCCUGAAUUUGGUCAAGCGGAGAAGAUGUUCAAGGAUCUUGCCCUUUCUAGGGACUUGGUUGAAGAGUUCCACAGGAAGCACGGCCAGAAUGAACUCUACGUCAAUGUUCUCGAACGAGGAGGGUGGCCGUUUUCGUUGCAACGCGCGAAGAUCGACCUGCCAGCAGAAAUGCAGGAGCAGCUGAACAUGUUUACCAAGUUCUAUGACCAGAAGCACCAGGGUCGUAAAUUGGUCUGGGACCAUGCUCUCGGCACCGUGAUAUUGAAGACUCGCUUCGAUUCCGGUUCGAAGGACCUCUCCCUGAGCUUGUAUCAAACCAUUAUUAUGUUACUCUUCGCGGACGUUGAUGAGGUCUCGUUUACUGAUAUCAAGGCGCAGACGCGUAUGGAUGACGCGGAGCUACGGCUUACCCUGCAGAGCUUGGCGUGCGGGAAGAAGAAAAUGCUGUUGAAGAUUCCCCCAGGCAAAGACGUCAAAGACGGAGACAAGUUUCGGUUCAAUGUCGCCUUUGCGGACCCUCGGCAGAAAAUCCAUAUCAACUCGAUCCAGGCUAAGGUUUCGGAACAAGAGUCGCAGUACACCCAAUCUGCUAUUGAGAGCGAUAGGAAGAGUACCUUGGACGCGGCGAUUGUGCGCAUCAUGAAAGGGCGCAAGGAGAUGGCGUAUGAGAAGCUCAAGGUCGCUGUGAUCGAGGCUGUGAAAGGCCACUUCAUGCCUCCCGUUGAUCUUAUCAAGAAGAGGGUGGAUUGGUGUGUGGAGAACGAGUACCUGGAGAGGGACGACAAGAAUAAGAGCUCGUUCCGAUAUGUUGCCUGA